CGACAUCGACGGCGGCGCCCGUCAUGGUUCUCAACAAAGAAGUCAAGCACGCGUACCCACUCAUCGACCAGGACCCCCAUGUCUCGCGCGUCAUCCGCUACAUGCGCCCCUCGGACCUUGGCGUCUGGGCCGCCGCGACCGCUGCUGGGCCAGUAGCGAUGUACACUUGGGAAAACGCGCAGCGCCAUAUGCCCAGCCGUCACCCCUCGCAGGCGAUGGGCAUGAAGGCAACCGCGUUCCUCGGCUUUGUCGCCGGAUUCAUGCUCGCAUACCAGCGCUCAUCCCUCCGCUUCUGGGGCUGGACGGAGAACAAGCGCGAGGAGGAGAAGGACUUCGCUGAGCUCUCCCAGCGCGCGAAGGAGGGCAAGGCGCUCUACGGCGAGUCGGACCAGCCCGAGUGGGUCCAAGGCUCCGCGUUCCGCAACUCUGUAUGGACGCAGCUCAAGUUCAGCGCCAUCCCGAUGUUCAACUUCGUCAACCACCCUUACCACGGCACGGACCCGGCCAAGUACAGCGCUGGUGCAGCAGAGGAAGAGACGUCAUAAACCCAUUCGUGCUGUUGCUUGUCGUCUGCCAAUAUAUUCGGUCCUUCAUCUGAA